AUGAACUGGUUUGAAAAUUAUUUCUCUCGAUUUCCUGAGGAUGUUUCCUGGCUCAACACUCAUGCACCUCUGCUGCUUUCACUCACGUCAUCUGAAGAUGAGCAACAUUUUGGUUCUAACUGGAGAUCCCACCUGACAGCCCCAGCUGUGGUGACACAGCCUGUCCGUGGUUUCGGCGGCAGGAGCACAUUCGCGACUAUUGUCCAGACUGGCGGUGACUGGAGCACCGGCCUCUUCAGUGUCUGCAGAGACAGGAAAAUUUGCUUCUGUGGGCUGUUGUGCCCCAUGUGUCUAGAAUGUGACAUGGUUAGGCACUACGGAGAGUGUUUCUGUUUGCCAAUGCUGCCUGGAUCCACUUUCGCACUGAGAACUGGCAUGAGAGAGAGACACAAAAUACGGGGUACACUGUGUGAGGACUGGCUGGCCGUGCACUGCUGUUGGCCUUUCUCCAUCUGCCAGGUGGCCCGAGAACUCAAGAUGAGGUCCUCCAUGCUCUAUGAGAUCAACGCAGCCCCACCGACCAUAGGACACCUUGCUCUGAUGCAGUGA